ACAGUGAUGACAUAUUUCCAUUGAUUUGUACAAGUCGAUACCAGUCGAGUCGUUUCUGAAGUUUGUUUAUACCGUAGCCAACAUCCGCAAAAAUAGAGGUUUAAAAAAAAUGCAUUUUAAAGUCCGCGCUGCAGCAAAAGAGGAUUGUAAGGAAAUAUCUAGAAUGAUUAUGGAGUUGGCUGUGUAUGAGAACAUGCCAGACCAGGUGAAGACUUCUCAUGAAGACUUGGAGCGUGAUGGGUUCUCUCCAAACCCCUUCUAUGAAUGCCUGGUCGCUGAAGUGCCAGAUGAACACAAGACCAAAGAUGGGUACACCGUCGUUGGGUACGCCCUUUACUUCUACACCUACAGCACAUGGAAAGGGCGGUCAGUGUACAUGGAGGACCUCUAUGUAAUGCCUGACUUCAGAGGAAAAGGCAUCGGAACGGGACUGAUGACCAAAGUAGCUCAGGUAGGGGUGGAGAAGCAGUGUGUGCGGCUGCAGUUUUCUGUCCUAGAAUGGAACAAACCAUCACUAGAUUUCUACAUUGCCAAAGGUGCCGAGGACCUGACUGCCAAAGAAGGUUGGCACUUCUUACGGUUUCAUGGACAAACCCUGGACACAUUAGCUAAGGAAGCACCUAAAGAUUAGAUUUUAUAGGCUUGGGUCUAGUUUGGUUCCGCCCAUAACAUCACACAGUGGGCAGGUUCAUUUUGCGUUGGUAGGUGGGUAGGACUAAUGGAAACUCCGCUCAGCCAGAGCCCUGGGCGAUGCAAAACAAACUCUCCCAGUCAUCCUUUAUGUUUAAUGUGCAUUUAAAUAUAGUCAAACAUUAUUACAUUUUUAUACAUAUAUAUAUAUAUAACGUUUGGACACACCUACUCAUUCAAGCGGUCAUCAAGACAAACAGUGAAUACUUAAAAUGUAUUUUGAUUUGUUUAACACUUUUUGGGUUACUACAUAAAGUGUUAUUUCAUAGUUUUGAUGUCUUCACUAUUCUGCAAUGUAGAAAAUAGUCAAAAUAAAGAAAGAUCCUGUAA